AUGGAUCCUCCGAGCUUCAACGCAGGGCUGCUCGGGCGGCUACGAUCACGGCACAUGGCAAUGCAACCGCCACCCAGCACUCGUAGAAGCACUGAACUGCCUAGCGACGAGCUGAUCGAGUCUCAUAGCCAGCCUCAAAGUUUCGCGCUUGGCACGGGCGCCGAACUAUUCACGCGCUGCUUGAUUCCCGCCAUCCUUUCCGCCCGCUCCGAGGUCAUCCUUGUCACCUGCUUUUGGGCGCCUUCCAAGACCUUGACAGCUCUCCAUGACGCUCUGGCCAAGCUCGCGCUUCAUCGAGCUAGUAUGAUCAGCGAUGCCCUGUCAAGGGGGGAGCGGCCGCUUUCGCCAUUGAGUGUCCGAAUAUGCUUGUCGUCACGGUCAUUGCUCCAGAAGCUGCUGCACCCGCAAUCCCGGCAUGGCUACGUCUACCCGCCAUCGUCGUGGCCCAGUAAACUUGGUCUUCCCGAUGCUGCCCUCCUUGAGGCCGGAGCCAUCCAGCUCAGAGUCAAGAGCCUCUUCUUCCUCCCCUUUAGCGUGCUGCAUCCCAAGUUUCUGAUUGUUGACAGGCAGCGGGCCUUUGUUCCGAGCUGCAACGUCAGCUGGGAGGCUUGGCUGGAGGGCUGCGUAGAAAUCACCGGCGAUGCUGUCCAGGCCUUGAUGUCCUUCUACUCGCUCACCUGGGAGGAGGGCAGCCCUGAUUUCCGGCACCCUCUCAGUCUCGAAGCCGGAGACGACGGAGAGGGAGCUGGCGUCUUAAAUGCCCGCCAGGCAGGCGUUAGCUUGAUCCCGAGCACCGCCCAUUACCUUACAGCCUCUUUCCCCGGAUCUCCAGCAACCCUUCCUACGCUGGUGCUUCCCUCUACGUACCAUCAGAAUCCGCAUUUCCAUCCGCUCCCUUGGCAAAAGCACCCGCCUCCUCCGCCCACUCCUCUCAACAUCGCAUUGCUUCAACUCUUCGAACAGGCCCGGCGGGCCAUCUACAUACAGACGCCAAACUUGACGUGCAAGGCCGUGAUCCACGCGCUUUUGGACGCUCUCAAGCGGGGUGUCGACGUAACCAUCGUGACGAGCCGGAAGAUGAUGCUCCUGGAACAGCUUGUUACAGCGGGUACCACGACGUCCUGGUGCAUCGGUUCGCUUGUGCGGCGCUUUCGCCGUCUCAAAGCAGCGCUGCACCGCGGCGACUCUGCGGGAACCAUCCAUGACCUCGAAGCAGGCCGCCGCAGCCUGGGGCGCCUGCACGUUUCCUACUUCAGGGCGCGGUCGAGCGCCAGCUCUAGUAGGCGGGAGGGACGACCGUUGAUUUCAGGCCGAGCCCAUCCUGAUGCCGAGGAGCCGGUGCACUCACACCUGAAACUAACCAUUGUCGACGGCGAGGACACCGUUCUUGGAUCUGGCAAUAUGGACCGCGCCAGCUGGUAUACAAGCCAAGAGCUGGGCGUUCUGUUCCACGGCGGUGCAUUUGCCAGAACAGUGAAGGUUGGAGUCGACAGUGUGCUAGAGGGAAGGCUCGAGCUCGUGUUUGACUCAGAAGGGACGCGAGAUUGA